AUGUCAAACAUCGCAAUUGAAAGUGAGUCUGAAAGAUGGCGUAUUCGCAGCCGUGUUUGCAGAGGUUGUGAAGGAAGCUCCGUGCCAAAAGCUUCUCUUCUGCAGUCGAACCCUUGUGAGAGAAGCAAACAGAAGCGCUGCCAGCGAACAAGUGUUGGUCCAACUCAAACAAACGUAGCAGGCGAGCCGUACAAAGCAGCUUCUUUCUUCACACUAGAGCUCUGGUUUCAGUUUUUCACAGACGUGGGUCUCUUCGUCUUGGGCUCCCAGCUCAGUCUGGAGGAAGCUUCGCAGCGCUUCUUUGACACCCUUUUCCCCCUGGUUUACGAGCGGCUGGUGGAGCCGGAUCUGUCGCGCUUGUCUCUGCCGUACUCCGAGUGCGUCCGUGCCUCCUGUCGGGAUCUGGGGCCGUACGGCGGAGCCCCGGGUCGCCUCGCCGCGCUCAUCUCCCGCGCCUCACUGCCCGGCCGGGUGUUCCUCCAGGCGCUACACUUGGGCGUGGAGGUCAUCAACACGACCGACCACAUUCAGCUCAGCCGCGAGUGCAGACGUGGCCUGCUGAGGAUGAGCUACUGCCCUCACUGCCAGGGUCUGACCGCCAGCAAGCCCUGCAUGGGCUACUGCCUCAACGUGGUGCGUGGCUGUCUCGCCAGCCUGGCCGAAGUGGACGCCCACUGGAGGGAGUUUGUGCGCUCGUUAGAGAUGCUCUCCACCCGCAUGCACGGGGCGCAGGAUCUGGAGCAAGUGCUUCUGGAAGUUCACGGGCUGGUGAGGGACGCCGUGGCCCACGCACAGAGGAACGCACCGCGACUUUCUGCACAGGUGCGCAGGGUGUGCGGUCGCCCCGUCAGACAGCAGCCGGAGCAGGUGAGCAGCGGUCAGCACAGCAGCGCCGGACGAGACUCCAUUCCUCUGAAAGCAGCGGUCAGAAACACAGACGACACGCUCAGCAACAGGAGGAAAGAGUUCCUCAGCAGUCUGCGGCUGCACCGCGCGUUCUACGGCGGCCUGGCCGACCAGCUGUGUGUGAGCGACCUGGCCUCCGGAGACGGGACGGCCUGCUGGAACGGGGCCGGUGUGACCAGCUACACUCUCCGAGUGGUUGGCAACGGCAUUAAAGCCCAGGCUGAAAACCCAGAAGUCAAAGUGAAGGAGGCCGACCCGGUGAUCAGUCAAGUCAUUGAUAAACUGAAGCACAUCAAUCAGCUGUUGCAGGGCAAGUCAAUCCCAAAGCUGGGCACGCUGGACCAAAUCGAGACCGGAAGUGGAGAGGGAUACAGCGGAGACUGUGAUGAUGAGGACGGAUGCUGGGGAUCAGGGAACGGAGCGGCUGAGAGGAGAAGAAUAGAAACUAUAUUGACACCGGAAAAUACCAACAUUCACCGAUACCAUCGCCCACAAAGCAAAGGCUUUGAUCAGAUGAAUUCUGGCACGAGAGGAACACAAACCGUCCCGCUGGCUCUGGUCUGGAUAUGCGCGUUUGCGCUGUUGUCAGGGUAACGGCAGCCAACUGGGUCUGAACCCCAGUCUCAAGACUGCUUUUCACACUGUUUCUUAGAAAGAAAAGAAAAUGUGCCAGAUUUUAAAACGUCGAGAGUGAAAUUCCAGCGAGGAGAUGUUCUCGAAUGGAAACGGAUCGUAAAAAUUGAUGCAUUGAGAACUGAGGAGGAGCUGAGAGUGAAAAAUAAGAAACAAAACUGUCCUUUCAUAAACCUUUUUAAUCACAAAAUGUUUCUAUCAUAAACAUAAAUCAUAGGCUACUAAAUAUUCUGCCAACACUUUACUGCCUUCAAUAAUGCCUUUUCUACAGGGUUCAGAGUAACACAUUCAGAGAAAAAAUAAUGAAUUUAAUUCUUUAAUGAUGUAUAUUCGAAAAAUAGUUGAGCUGAAAUGAGCACGGCACGUUUUUUGUUUUAUAGAAAUGAUGCAAUAUUUCUGAUGUCACAUACUGAUUUAUGAAUACGUCUCGGUACCAUGUACCUAAAUGACCUCCUUUUUUCAGCAUUUUUAAAUGUACUGUUGUUGUUUCUUUCCAUCUGAAAUGGCGUACGACGCAAAGUGUAUAAAGAUGUGUUGAUUUACAAUGUAUUUAUUCUUGGUUACAGAGUGACAUUAAACGGCUGAUGAAACUAAACA